AUAAGUUGUAGUUAAAAAAGUGUGUGUUACUGCAUGCUAAGAUGUGGCACUUAGGUGUGUUUCUACCCAUGAUACUGUAAAUAAUGUGUGGCCCACGUGGGCAGUUUGGCAGCCAUCCGACACAUUGAAGCCCAGGUCGUUCUUCAUGAAGUUUAAUCAAAUAUUGUUUACAUUGUUUUGGAUAUUCAGUGAAUUCAACUACAGAAACGGACGUCAAAUCACAGUCGGCAGUUUUGUUGACGCUCCCUUCAUUCACACAUCAAACUGAGCUCUGCUGCGUCCACUCGUACCAUGCCUCGUGAGCCUAACCCGGAGUAUUUGUUUCUUUUGUACCUAAUAGGUUUUGGAUGUAUUUAUCAGCGAAUAAAUUUCAAACCAUCAACUCUGACCAAGCAUUUUACAGAGUCUUAACCUGUGUCUUAUGUUUAAUAAAAUACCUGUGAACUUGUUAGAAAUGCCGUCCCUUAUUCGUCCCACACAGGUUGCCCAAAAGGGGGCGCCAUUAGAGGCAUAACAAACCUGGAACUUACCACUAGACCACUAAAGCAUAACCAAUACACAGAUAUAGAGAUGUCCGAUGAUAUCGGUUGGCCGAUAUUAUCUUAAUUGUGUAAUAUCGGUAAGAAUUGAUAUCGGUUUUUCUUCUGAUAAUGAAAACCAACAACACAGUCCCUGGGUUUGACCCAGAUGAUAAAUAGAUGAUAAACUAAAAAUAGUUUUGAAGGGAAAGUGGAAAAGGCUGCAUGUAUCGGUAUCGAUGAAUAUUGGAAUCGGAAAUUAAGUCUUUGGAUGGAAUCGGCAAUAUCGUCAAAACGUUAAUAUUAAGACAUCCCUUCACAGAUUAUAUGGACAAAAUAUAUGGAUGUAAGAAACAAAGACGGUUUCCCUCAAAGUUGACCAAAAGAUGGCCAAAAUAGAAUAACUAGCUAGAAGUAGCUGCUAAGAAUUGGAAACAACGUGUCUGAUAAAUAGGUCACUAAUUCCCAACUAAAGUGGACGAACUGUAACAAGGUUUUUUUUUUCCACAGUAACACCAUGAUCUCGGAAACAUUCAGCACCGUUGAAUCGGACGAACAGUAACACGACUCGGAUGGAGAUAAAAUCAUGAGCGGAUGACGAUUUAUCCAGUGAUUAUUAUUUUUCACACUGGAUGACGAGGGUUUUUACAUCACAAGGAAUCCCAUCCUGUGACUGGAGCCUACAGUGCAGCGUGUCAUGUGCACGACUCACCUUUGUGAGAAAUAACAGAUUGCCUUCGAGUCGAAGAGCCAUAAAAUCGACUUUUUUUAUUGCCCUUUUUAACGCCUCACUCUCGUAGGAAACUUCAUAUCUUCUUGACACGAAACGUGCGAAGUCGUUUUGAUUAAUGAAUCAAAAAUCUUGAUUAAUCUCAGGUUUAUAUGUUAGUGAUUAUUUAAUCCAUGUCUAAAUCAGUUAAGACCCAGGCAACUGGACCGUCUUGUUUCACCUAUCAUGCUAGAGUUCAUCUCCAGUUCUCCAGAACUUGGUCUCCUCCAAACCAAGACGGUCCAGUUGUCCACGUCUCUACUGUUUCAAGCUUAAAAUCAAUGCAGUCAUGGAGAGUGGGUAUGUCAUUAGUCCUGGUGUGGAGGGGAAGUGCUCUCCUCCAGGCAAAAGCGAAGCGAUGGAGGAGCUCACAUGAUUGUGCUGUGACUGUCUUCUGAGCCCAUGUCUCUGAGUCAGUCAGGCAGCCCGUCCUCACUGCUCUCAUUGUCCUCCAUGGGCAGACCAGCAGAGGCAACAAGUGUCUCCUCUCUGUCUGAUCUUCCACUCUGAGGUCCGACCAAAACACUGGAUGCUCGAAGCUCAGCUGGACGUGGAGCUGCUGCAGCAAGGUCCUGGAAAAUGGGAAGCUGAUGUUAGGUAGAGGUUUGGGAUCACAUCUUUGUUUUUUUUCACAUGUUGUUUUGUCUUUGCUUAAGAUGCCACUUUUUUGUUGUUAUUUUUUAGGCUGGGAUUCUCCACAGACUAGACACUAGAACCCACAUUCGGAGGACUUUCUUCUGAUGGACGUUGCUUCACGUCGUUCUUGAGGACAACAGCGAGCCAUCAGAAUUCCAGAUCCUGAGUUUUCCUCCCUACGACUUGACGAUCUAACAUCAGAGUGCAGAACCCAACAUCUUUAUUUGUGAAACUGUGAAACCCUCCUCUACAUCCAUGGGUUCAGCUUUCCGACGGUUCUGCGUGCAAUUCUGCUGCUGCUGCUGCUGCAUCGGCGAUGAAGACGACGAGGAAGAGAAGCAGCCGUUAAUGCCUCAAGACCCUCUGGAGUAUCUCAACCGAGAGGUCCAGAAACGGCGGGAAGAAGAAGCCAACCUGUGGAGUGAGCCCGGAGAUCCGAGUCACUCGGAGAGACAUGACGACCGAGUCCUCUUCACACUGCUGCAGGCCAGGAACAAGACCCGCCUGGGCUCCUCGGGCUAUCGACGCCUGAGUGUGGACAUCGAGGCCAUGAGGGAUACUCGAAGAGAGGUCAGAGAAAAGUGGAAAACGAUUCUGGAGAACCUGGGUUUCAUGGCAGAGGCAGACUCUCUGCUGACAGUGUCUGCCGGGGCCUCACAUGACCGCAUGCGUGACGCUCAGACAGCACGUGCCCUCCUCCACACUCUGCACUCAGAGACCUCCAUCUUCGACUCCAGAGACUCGCCACCGGAGAGAUACCUGUUCAUCCUGGAUCGUCUCCUGUAUUUAGACAUAGCUGAGGAUUUUGUGGCGAAGGCAAAGCGGUUCUAUCCACCCCGAGAUGAUUCUGAUGAGGAGCCACAGGGCGUGUCCUUAAACCUGCCCCUGCUGCUGGCCAGAGUGGAGGCCCUGGACACAGCGGGAGACGCCGAAGAAGAGAGCGAAAAAGAAGCUUCAAACUGAGCAGGGCCUGCCGGCUGUAGUAGCAAGAGACACACGGCAGGGGGCAGUAUUCAUCAACCGUUGACAUCCAGAUGAAGCGCUUUGAAUAGUUCCUGUUGCUUCUUGGAAACCUUAGCUAAUAAAAGUUCAUCGUCAUCCACA